UGAUGAAGAAGAUGAAUAGUGUAUAGAAUGAAUAUUGAUUGUAUCGGUUGUGUAGCCUCCUAAAGGAGUAUAUAUAGGGAAAAUCCGGGUCUGGGCCUCUAAUAUGGGCCUGACAGACCUAAUUACAUAAAUGGACUGAUAGUACAAAAAACUAAUCUAGAACAUCUGAAUAAUAAUAAUAAUGUACAAUAAUAUGAAUGAUAUCCGCUAAACGUGUGUGGGCCGCUGUCCAGGCCCAGUAGUCGGCAGACCGGGGGGUCGGAGUCCAUAUAUUCCAUCAGAAGUCCCCCACUCCCUGAGUCGAGAGUACUCGAGGCGAAAGGGAGUAAUCCAAACUGUAUCUGCAACGUUCUUUUGUCUUUGAUUUCUUCCUUUUCGGUCGGGGGACCACCACCCUUGUCCAUGAUGGGGAGGUGCCUCGUUAAAAACCUUUACUAGGAAAAAACCCAGUGGAAAAAAAUCCUAAUAAAGGGAAAAAGAGUACACCUAGCGCCCCCAACAUGAAACAAGGAAGGUAGGCCCCUUCCGGUAUAAUCACUUUUGUCUAGUUCAACCUGUCUUCAUCUGACUUAGCUCUCGUUCCUGCUCAUGCGUGAUAUUUUUUGCUCAUCCAGAAAAUCUGACCCCUCAGUCCCCCAGUUCCCCACUCCUUGAGGCGAGUAGAGACGAGGUGAAAAAUGAGUAAAGUCAUCUUCGUACCUACACAUUUAACAUGUAUAUAAAUUUUUUCUUGAGGUUUAUGUUUCCGAUCGGGAGUUCGUCACUUGAAAAAGUGGAAAUGUGAAUUGUUGAUGUAAUGAUAAAAUACUUAGUAGAGUGGACAUGCGAGCCAUUCGUACGCAACGGUCGCCACUCUUGGAAUGACUAAGACCGGUCUUCGUGCCCGACUUGGUCGAGGCUUUGUGCCUGACUUGGUCAGGGCUUUGUGCCUGCUCUGGGUCAAGGCUUUAAAUCCUAGUGAUGGGUCUCAAGGCACAGUCUACUAGGCAUUUGAUCAUAAUAAUUACGUGAUAGUGUGACAUUUAACCGAAAAAAUAUUGAUUAAAAUAAAUAUAAAUAAUAUUAAAAUUAAAGAGUACUUAUCUUUUUUAAGCGGCCCGAAAUUGUGGGCUGUCUGGAAUGAAUAGUAUCCAGUAGAACUCCUUGGACCCAUUUUAAUUCGUGAAAAACCGACACCACAUUAAUGGCGAUUUAGUGCUGCCCAUGUUCAUUUUUUACUUCCCUCGUCUGUCUGCUACCGUGUUAAUAAUUGACUAGGUCAAAUGGAACCCACACCCCAAUCAAUUUGGCCAUCCUCGAUGAAUGAGGCAUCUGAUGAAUCACAGAGGGGGCUGCAACGGAUUCCCAUCAGCCUGGCUGGAUGAUUUGCAGCCACUGUCUCAUAUUAAGAACAGUCCACUGCUCAUCCCGUUCUUGGAGGUUUGCAGCAGCUACUAGAUGUCGGCGGUGGAGCAGGCGAUGAACCAGCGUCGUGCGCUGGCGCAGCAAGACGGUAGGGAAACACGAUUGGCCAAGAAGCGGUGGCAUCUCAGACUUCCGGUCGGGACGCAGGCUGUCCUCCCGAAGGGGGGAAGGGCUGAACAUUUAGCGGCCAUUAACAGCGGUCCGACUUGGUCGUUGGGUCUGAAAUUAGUUGGAAACUCUGCCCGGACUUUGACAGUCGGGGGCUACUCGUGGCCGCACUUUCUUCAAGUUGGCUUCUGGCCCAAAAACGGAGCUUCCCAGCGGCCAUUAAUGGCGAAAAUGGUUCGUGAAGCUAGAGAGACAUGUGGCUGGUGAACGAGUAAGGGCGGCAGGAGGCGGUGCCACGCUGGAGGAUGAUGAGCGAGCAGCUUGUGGCCGGAUUCUGAGUCGCAUCUAACCCCUUCAACCACGUGCUCCUCUGGUUCAACGUUUAGAUCUGACCGGGAUUGCUCUAACCUCCAGAUCUGGAUAAUUCCAGAUUUCUGUUUUUUAUAAUUUUCAAGAACAAUUUUGGCUAAUUUUUGUGUGAAUGGAAUGAAAUUUUGGUUGUUUGGGGAGGUUUUCUCACUUGAUUGUGUUCAAACCUCUCAACGAGAGCACCAUUGUUGGAUAAUUGAUACUCAUAUCCUAUAACUAGUGAGAGGUUUAACAAGAGUGGAGAAGAAAUGAUGAAAAAGAAGAUGAAUAGUGUAUAGAAUGAAUAUUGAUUGUAUCAGUUGUGUAGCCUCCUAAAGGAGUAUAUAUAGGGAAAAUCCGGGUCUGGACGUCUAAUAUGGGCCUGACAGACCCAGUUACAUAAAUGGACUGAUAGUACAAAAAACUAAUCUAGAACAUCUGAAUAAUAAUAAUAUACAAUAAUAUGAAUGAUAUCCGCUAAACGUGUGUGGGCCACUGUCCAGGCCUAAUAGUCGGCAAAUCGUGGGGUCGGAGUCCAUAUAUUCCAUCACAUAGUAUAUGUUUUACUUGUUUUAAUAUGAUUUUAUUUUUAGCAAUGUCAACGUGCAAGGCUAUUCGUAUUUAUCUUUUACCAUCUCAUUUGAAUUGAUCUUACUACCGAAAAAGUUAGGCCUUUUGGCCUCAAUAUUACAAAAAACAAAGAUAAAAAUGUGAUAACUUUUUCAAAAUUUCAAAAAUAUGACCUAACAACACAACUAAACCCUGCAGUGCAAAGUGACUCCGGUCAAAAUGACUUCGCAACCACAGUGAUCCACCGCCACAGUGACUACCUCACCAAUCACAGUGACUCCGGCCACCGUGACUGCCCGUCCACCGGCCACCGUGACUGCCCAUCUACCGGUCAUAGUGACUACUCGCCCACGUACCACAUUGACUGCCCGCCCAACUCCAUCACCGUCGUUCACGUGGGAAACCACCGCCUCCGCUGUUGUAAGCCACCACGGCGGUUGCCGCCGCCCGCUACCGACGCUGGCCAGCAAUGCCACCCCCUGCCCGAUCACCACCCCACAAUCCGGCAACUCAACCACUCCUUCACCCCUAUCCCUAAG